AUGUUAACAAAUAAUAGUACUGAUUACAUUCUCAAAAGCAUUUUAAAAGAAAUCUUGUAAGAUGUAUUAGUUUUGAGUGUAAAUAAAGAUGCUGUAAUUACUUGAAUAGAAUAUAAGAUCAGAAGAAGAGUUGCAACUUAUAUAAAAUCAAUUGCAAGAUUAUGAGAAUUUGUUUCAGUUAGCAGAAACAAUGAAAUCUAUCUUCUGUAAGCUGAAAACAAAAUUUUAAGCAACUAAUAAUUAUUAGAAAUUUUUCAGAUGUGAAUCAAAACCUGAGAACUAUUAAAAAUUAGAAUAAGCAAUUCAAAAAUAAGAAUAAGAAAUAAGAAUUCACAUUAGAGUAUGAUCAUAUGAUAUAUAGAUUUAGUUAGACAUAGCAUGAGAUGAAAAUAUAUAUUGAUACAAUUUAAUAAUAAUUAGAAGAAUCAGAAUAAAUUAGAAAUGAAUAUCUUAGAGAAACAACUAAAAUAAUUUAAGUAAAAUAUGAAUUUAACUUAGAAACUCAAAAAAGAUAAUUAUUAUUUAAUUUAGCAGUUGAAGUAUUUUACAAAAAUCUAUAAAUAAUAAACUGUAUAAAAUUCUAGAAGGGAUAGUAGAUAAACUAUCAACUAAAUUUUAUAAAAAUAGCCAUCUAAUUCAAAUCAUUUAAGAAAUAAUUUAGAGAAAUAAGAGCUAUUUAAUAAUAGUUAAAUAAAUAAAUAGCAAUAGACUCAAAACAAUAGUUUAAAUCAAUUAUUAAAAUAUAAGGAUUCAUAGAGAUUAUUGUCUUAGAGACCCCUAUAAUCAAAGUAAUAUUUUUAUUAAUUAAUAAAAAGUCGAAAUAGAAGUUAUUCUGUAGGAAUAAACAAAUAGAACUUCAUUAAUAGCAGCUUUAUUUAAAAAAUGAUAUAGUGA